AUGAGCCUAGCUCUGGAAAGAGAAAGCACCAAUACACCCCUCAAGCGGAUAGCCCCAGGGAUGUCCCUCGAAAAGAAAAAGACAAGAAGCCUCGAUUGGAAAACAACUGGAAUGACCCCCGUCCGGACGUCCGUCAAUAAGCGAGAUAAAAGGCUCUGGUGUGAGUUCCAUCACGACUGUGGUCAAACUACACGUGACUGUCGAGAACUAAAGAGAGAAGGGAAAUUGAACCGAUAUCUGAAGGAGCCAAAAGAGAAGAAAUAUGAACCCUGCCAAGAAAAGCAGACUCGAAGUGAUGAGACUGCAGGGUAUGUUAACAUCAUUGCGGGAGGGUUCGCCUCGAGCUGCUUAACCAUCCGCUCUCGAAAAAAACACCUUUACACCCUGAAGCACGGGAGUGAUGCGACCUCUUCCGCAGUAUGCCCGACUAUGACCUUCAAAGACAGUCAUCGACCCAUACAAACCCCGCAUGAUGACCUUUUGGUUGUCGAAAUGAAGAUAGCCAAUCUGCGGGUAGGUCCAGUUCUGAUUGAUAGCGGGAGCUCUGCGGAUAUCAUCACUAUGGACUGCCUAAGGAAGCUAAAAUACGAAGAAAAGGACCUCGCCCCCAUCGACCAGACGCUGGUGGGAUUUAGGGGACAAUCCGUUCACCCCCUCGGCUCAGUCAAACUGCGCACACGAAUGGGGGAGAAGGGGGCAGGUCGGAAUGUCAUCAUCGACUACCUAGUGGUCGACACCAGCCUUCCUUAUAAUGUAAUCAUAGGGAGCCCCACAGUCAACAAAGUAAAGGCCGCCAUCUCGACGUACCAACUGAUCCUACAGUUCGAGGGGGAUGACGGGAAGGUUGCUCGAUUAUUCGGCGACCAGAAAUCCUCCCGAGAAUGCUACAUCAACAGUUUGAAAAGAAGUAACGAGGGCAUCUCCCGAAAAAGAAAGUGCCCCGAGCCAGAGGAGCCCCUUCCCGUGAUCGGACUCUACAUGGCCGAUAACCCAAAGCGGUACGAGAGGCCUCAUCCUGCAGAUCGAGAUGAAGAGGUGUGCAUCGAUAGUGAGCGAAGCCGCACAGUCCGAAUAGGCAAGCAGGUCCCCGAGGGAAUUAGGGCUCAAAUCCUCGAAGUCAUCAAGGAAUUUCAUGUCUUCGCUUAUACUGUCGACGAGAUGCCCGGAAUCGACCCUAAGCUUAUGGUUCAUCGGCUCAACAUUCGAGAAGCAUAUAGGCCAAUAAAAAAAAAUUGA